AUGUUUGUAGAGAAUGGUUUUGAAAUAUAUGAAUAUUGUGAAGUUGUGAAAAUUGAAAUACCUAAAAAAAUAGAAGCUGAUAAGGCCUUGAAGAAUCGACACUUGGUUGUAAAUGAACUAAUGAAAAGAACCUAUAACACAUAUUGGAGAGUAGAGGAUAAAGGAAGCUCGAAAGAAAAAUCAGAAUUUAUUAAAAAUUUAAAAA